UAUGUUUUAGUUCUCCCGCCAAAAAACAGGGAAAAAAACAAAAACAAAACUUUACAAGCUUAGGGUUUUAGAACCAAAGGUUUGUAUGGCGAGCAAGAAGAGGAGGAGAGAGGAGAGACCCACUAUCCACCCCAAAAACAAAUACGCCGAGAACCCACCAGAUUUCGCUCUCUUGGCUUCUUUGUAUCCCUCUUUUGAACCCUUUGUUUUCUACUCUCGAGACGGUCGACCCAGGAUUAAUUGGACCGACUUCAACGCCACUCGAGAACUGACCCGGAUCCUACUCCUUCAUGAUCAUGGCCUCAAUUGGUGGAUUCCUGAUGGGCAGCUGUGUCCUACUGUACCCAACAGAUCUAACUACAUUCAUUGGAUUGAAGAUCUUCUCUCUUCUGACAUCAUUCCAAAAAGUGACAUCAGGGGCAGUAAUGUGAGAGGAUUUGAUAUUGGAACUGGAGCAAACUGCAUUUACCCACUUCUUGGUGCCUCUCUCCUCGGGUGGAGUUUUGUUGGGUCAGAUGUGACUGAUGUAGCUCUAGAGUCGGCUGAGAAAAACAUAAAAAGUAAUCCACAAAUUUCGGAACUAAUUGAAAUUAGAAAGGUUGAAAGUUGUCAUAACACUAGUUCUAGCAAGGAACCACAUAAUGGUGAGCCAGCACUUGUUGAAAGUAAAUUGGAUGUGAGUGGCCAUACUGAUGAGGAGGCAGAGCCUUUGCCAUUGCCAUCAUAUGAUCAGUCUACUGCUGCAAACAAGAGUUAUCACGGACCACCUAUACUUUCUGGUGUGGUUAGGGAUGGCGAGAAGUUUGACUUCUGCAUGUGCAAUCCUCCAUUUUUUGAGACCAUGGAGGAUGCAGGACUGAAUCCAAAAACUUCCUGUGGUGGAACUCCCGAGGAGAUGGUUUGCCCAGGAGGAGAAAGGGCUUUUAUUUCUCGUAUUAUUGAAGAUAGUGUUGAACUGAAGCAGACUUUUCGGUGGUAUACUUCUAUGGUUGGGCGAAAAUUGAACCUUAAGUUUUUAAUAUCAAAGCUUCGGGAAGUUGGAGUUACAAUAGUAAAGACAACUGAAUUUGUCCAAGGCCAAACAUCUCGAUGGGGCCUUGCUUGGUCUUUUGUGCCUCCUGCCAGGAAGAUAGUAUCACCUCAUGUGGCUGAAAAGAAAAACUUGUCUUUCAUGCUUGAGGGUGUUCAACGCCAAUUCAGUGCAGUAGAUGUGUUACAUUCAAUAGAGUCCUUUUUCUGCAGUUCCGGUGCAUCCUGUAAAUUGAAUGCCUCCUUAUUUACUAUCGAUAUCACUGCCUUAAAGGAUCAUUGUAACGCAAUCUUGAAGAAGAAUGUGGUAAAUCAUGUUGAUGAAGCUUCCAGUAUCCAACAUUUGCAAGAGGCAUCAAAUAGUUCAAGUUGUUUGGACACUCCAAAUUCCUUGCGUUUUCAUGUUUCAGUCUUUCAGCAAAUCCCUGGAACACUUCUGAUGAAAGGAUCAUUACACAGAGAUAAUGUACUUCCAGGAUUAUUCUCCUCAAUAUUCCAACAACUGGAGGAAGAUUUGAGAUAUAAAUUUUGUAGAUAAAAGGGUAAUGUCACAUAAUAUUUAACUUGAAUUUGGCGAUACAAUACUCAAUCAUUUAUACACAUCUUGUUUAAAGGGUUUACGCACUCUGCAUCUCUGCUUUUGUGGCAAGUAGGAAAUUCUGUGUAGCAGACAUUGUAUUUUAUGUAUCAUUGACAAUGCCCUUGUGAUUGAAUAGAUUAUAUGACAAUUAUAUUGUUUGUCAA